AUGAUGUCAACCCUUAUGCGCAACAACUCUGGCUUUGGAUGGGACCCAAUUGGAAAAACUUUCACUGCUCAUGAGGAUGUAUGGAAAUAUUACUUAAAGUCUCACCCAAGUCACAGCAAACUUCGAGGAAAAAGUAUGGUUGAUUAUGAGUAUUUGAAGAUCGUUGUUGGGGGUGGAGUUUCUAGCGGGAAUAAUUCUAUAUCAGUCGAUCCAGAUGAUACUGAUGCAACAACUUUUGAGCCAGAAAAUAGAACUGUUGGGAUAGAAGAAUUUUCAUAUGAUCCUAAUAGUGAUACAUUCAUAACACCAAAUAACUAUGAACCAGCAUAUCAGCCUCCAUCACCAAACCAACCAGAUUGUCAGCCAGAACACUCGAUAUUGUGUAAUCCGCAAUACAUUUGGCCGAUCACAAUUUGCUACAAGUGA